CCUGAAAUAAUAAUUUAAUUCAUAACCUUUAAUUAUUUGAAUUUACAAAAUGUUAUAAUUAAAAAUAUUGAUCUAAUUAUUGAAAAUAAUACAAUGAAUUCCCGAAAAAUUACAACAGUUAUAACAAAAGACUAUGAUACGAAAGAAACAGACAACAGACCAGUAAUAAAAGUUGCAGAUCGUCCAACUUUUAUAUUAAAAACACGAGAAGGUGAAAGUAGAGCAGUAUCUCCAAGUCAACGUAAUGGAGCAAAAAAGGAAACUGAUGCUUCUGCAAGUACAUCUUCAAAGACAUCCGAAACACGAUUAUUAAUGACGUUACCCCAAGAAAUGACAAGUAGUAUAAAAUUUAUGGAUGAAAACAUGCAACUCUAUGAAAAUGUACUAGAAGAAUUAAUUGAUCAACAAGAUUUCUUGGUUGUUGGAAUUUUAGGACCUCAAGGAGUUGGAAAGUCGACAAUUUUAUCACUUCUUACUUCAAAUUAUGGAUCCGAAUUAUUUCCUGUUCAAAAUUUAUCCCACCAUAAAAAUGGAUUAAAUUGUACGAGUGGAAUUGAUUUUUAUGUAACAAAAAAUCGUGUGAUUUAUUUAGAUACUCAACCAAUUCUCUCAAGCUCAGUAAUAACGUCGACAUCAUCAACAUUAGAACAUUAUGUUAACUCAGAAUAUAAUUUAGAGAUACAAUCAUUACAAUUCACGGCUUUUUUAUAUUCUGUUUGUCAUGUUAUUAUCUUUGUUCAGGAUUGGUUUGUCGAUCCCAAUUUAAUAAGAUUUAUUCAAACUGCCGAAAUGUUAAAACCAUCGUCAACAUCAAAUUUAGAUCAAGAUUAUGUUGAAUAUUAUCCUCAUCUACUGUUUCUACACAAUAAAGCAGAAAUCUAUGAUUUUAUGCCAGAUACUCUACAGACAAUGACGAAUUUUUAUGAUAAAGUUUUUACACGAUCUAGAUUACAAACGCAUAGUGGACUGAACAUGAAUUCAUGCUCAUCAAAUGAACAACUUAACUUAUUUCUUAUUCCUGUAAUUAAUUCACAAAAUGAACCAAUCAGCCAUGAAAAUGAAAAAGAAUUGAUACAAAAAUUACGAAAUAAAAUUCAUGGAAUUUCACGUAAUCCAUUAACUCCAUCAGCACUAACGGAAAAAAAUUGGUAUCAUUAUGCUUCUAAAGUCGUGGAUGCCAUAAAAAAAAGUCAUCUAUCCUCAGAAUAUGGAAGAUUACUUCCCUAAGAUGAUAAUUUAUAAAUAUUGCUUAUUGUAAGAUAUAAAAUAAAUCAUAGGCACAUCGGCUUUAA